AGAACAGCUCCGUCUCUCCCCACAGUGCCAGUCCUUCCUGUGUUACCGCCCUUGGGCUGAGUGAGAAGAAAUCAAGCAGUGGAGACAUCGCAUUCAUUGAGAGAAGACUGGCUUUAUCUGGAGACUUCUUUAGGUUAGGUCCCAAUAGCCUCAGGUAGCCUCCCUGUUCUAGAGCAGUGAGCCGGAGAGGGAACAUUGUGGCUGUGGUCUGCUGUUCAGUGUUGCUUAGCAAGCGAUAGCCGGCACCAUGGCGCUGUCAUUCAAGAAAGACUUGGAAAAGUACAAGGAUCUGGACGAAGAUGAAAUCCUCAACAAACUGUCGGCGGAGGAGCUCAAACAGCUGGAGACGGCCCUCGAGGAGAUGGACCCUGAGAAUGCUCUUCUGCCAGCGGGCUUACGUCAGAAGGACCAGACGGCCAAGGCAGACUCAGGAUCAUUCAACAGGGAUGGCCUUCUGAAAUAUCUGGAGAAGGAAGCCAUGGAGCACAAGGACAGAGAGGAUGUAGUGCCCUUCACUGGGGAGAAAAAAGGUAAAGUAUUUAUUCCUAAGCAGAGGCCAAUAGAAUCACGUCAGGAGGAAGUCACCCACCUGGAUCCAGAAUUAGAGGAAGCCCUGUCCAGCGCCACAGAUACAGAACUGUGUGAUCUAGCAGCGAUCCUGGGUGUUCACACGCUGGUCACCAGUAGUCAGACAUACGAUGGGACUGCAUCUAAAGAGGGUUACAACAAUGUGAUCAAAGGAGAGAAGAUGAACCCGGUGUUUGAUGAGCCUCCCAAUCCCACUAAUGUAGAAGAUACUCUGCAGAGGAUAAAAAGCAACGACAGCUCUUUAACAGAGGUCAACCUCAACAACAUUAAGAACAUUCCAAUUCCUAUGCUGAAGGAACUCGCUAAAGCUCUGGAGAAGAACACGCACGUCAAGAAGUUCAGCCUGGCAGCAACACGGAGUAACGACCCAAUCGCUGUGGCGUUCAGUGAAACGCUGCGAGAGAACAAUACGUUGCGAAGUUUGAACCUGGAGUCCAACUUCAUCACCGGGACGGGGGUGCAGGCUUUGGUGGAUGCGUUGCGAGACAACGACACACUCAUAGAGAUCAAGAUAGACAACCAGAGGCAGCAGCUGGGUACCACCGUAGAGAUGGAGAUAGCUAAAAUGUUGGAAGACAACAACAACAUAAUUAAGUUUGGCUACCACUUCUGCCAGCAAGGCCCUCGCUCCAGAGCUGCUGCAGCUAUCACCAAGAACAACGACCUGGUCCGCAAGAAGCGAGUGGAAGGGGACGUGUAGAGGCGGAGCCAAACCCGUCUCCCAGCCAAUCCUGUUGCUUCAUCUCACCUUGUGGAAUAAUUACAGCCAAUGCCCUGGUCUCAUCUCACUGUGUGGAAACUUCAGUCUUGUGCCAAACUGUGGGGCAAGGCGCGCUCAACCAGAAUAUACAUCUGAGAAGAAGGGAAAUAACUGGAAUUGCCCUCUCCCAUUUACAUGUUCAUACUUAUGUUUAUUAUUAUAUGUUGUUAUUGAAGCUGUAAAUCUGAUUUAGUUUUUAGUUAUUUCAUUUUUUUGAGCCUUUAUGUGAUCUGUCCAGACUUUUUACUCGCUUUUUUUUUCUUUUAUACUACGUUAUAAUUAUGUGGAAUAAACAUGAACAUUACCAAGUAACGGAAACAAUAACAGCUUUGUAAAAACAAUAACUAACAGUUAGAGAGCCCUGUACACUCUACCAUGAAGCUAAACCUCUCUACCUAAAGCUACCAGUGGAAUACCUGUAUUGAACCAGCAGAAUUUGUCAUUAGAACGAUAGGGAUAGCUGUAAAGUCAAUCUAGACUUAAAGGGAUAGUUUGGGUGUUUUGAAGUGGGGCUGUAUGAGGUACUUAUCCAUAGUAGGUGUAUUACUUACAGUAGAUGACGGUCGGCAUGCCCCCAACUUGGAGAAAUAGACAGGAGUACUGGCGCAAAGCAGUACAGUGCUGUGGACAGAGACAGCAGAACAACGUAUUUUAGUCAACUAAAAGAAAGGCUCACCUAAAAAAAAAAUCAAUAACCGUUUAGGUGUACGAAUAUUUUCACCGCUUUAUCUUGCCGUCAGACAGUGCUUUCCGACGGGGAACUGAAGCCGUCGUAUU